UAAAGGAAACUCCAAAUGGUAACCGUGCCCCACUUCACUUGAUUCCAGCAGGUGGAUGAAUGGGAAGAUGCCAAGGAAACUCCUGAUGAAAUAGCUGCGAACUUGCGCGAUGUUUGAGACUCCUCAAGAUGUGCUCAAAGGUGCCAGGCACAUGGCGGCAGUAGAGAUCAGCUGUGAGCCAUCUGUCAGGAAACAUGUUCGCAGUAUAUUCAUGGAGAAAGUUGUGGUCUCAACUAGUCCUACACCUGAUGGGAAAACUACAAUAAAUUAUUUUCAUCAGUUUGCAACUGUCAAGUGGUUGGAUGAGAAGCCAUUCUAUCAAUUCAAAGAUGCACAAUGGCUUCUUAUCCAAAAAGCGGAAGAAGAGAAACUCCUUCGGGUUACCAUAAAAUUGCUGGAAAAUAUUCAAACUAAGUUAAUAAGUGAUUCAAAUGAUUAUUACAUCAGUCUUCAUGUUAUCAUUUUGGGAGCAGUGCUAAUGAGCAGCAGCGCAAGAAAAAUGACCAACAACGUCUAUUGAAGUUUACGACAGACCACCAGCCUCAUGUUGUCAUUUUGGGAGUAGUGAAUUUGAAUUGUAAACGUCUGAAGGAUGAAAUCUAUGAGGUAUGCAGUCCAAAAUCCUGAUUUCUUCUAAAUUUAUCUAAAGUGAUGAUGAUGACUGACUUGGCUUUAUUACUAAUGUGCGCGCAUGCACUCGAUCUGUCUCUGUGCAUCCGCACACGUCUAAAAUCAUUAAAGACAAGUUCUAACAUAUAUUAUAUGAAAGGCUUUUAUCUUUAUUUGGAACCAUGGUUUUUGUACAUCCACCUAGUUGUGUGCAAGGCCUAUCGUGGUUUUUGUAUAACAUCUAACCUGCCUAGCAAGCUAGUC